UCAGUUUUUAGUUUAAUUAAGCUUUUCGCUGACCAUGAACACACACGUAUUAGCCGCUUUAGCCGUGGUGCUGGUUUCCGGAAUGAUCAGUUUGUGCGAAGGAAAUGCAGCCUGGAAUUCGUAUUAUUAUGGUAACAUGCGUUCGCCCUCCAGAAGGUCCAUUUCCAGACCAACAACCCGUAGCCCGGUGUAUAGAAGAUAUCCAAACCCGUACCGCUCUACUACACGCCGAUACUACCCUAAACCUUCACCGAGACGCCAAAGAAACUAUUACAUGGAACGAAAGCCUACCACAGCCUCCCCCGUCACUGAGCCCCCCACCCCCACGACGACCACCAGUGGACCCCUGACAGCCAAACCCUUCACACCCCAGCCCUACCUCUACCAGAUGAUGACCUUCAGACCGAGCCCGAUCAAAAGAACCUACAAAUCACGGUACAACACCUGGCACAGGACCAACUUCAACUAGAAGCCAACAUUAAGCACAAUCCAGAUAUACAUGCAUGAGUAUUGGUUGAUGGCGUUUCAUUGUUGUUAUUUAUUAUAUUCCUU